CCCAACUGAACGACAUGCAACAGCUGAAUCCGCGAUUCCACUCCAUGCUGCGACUGCCGCUCCAGGCUCUCAGGAAGUUCUCCAGCAUGAAGACGCGCCCGCGGCUAGACUACCGCAACAAGCUCAUCCUGGCGCCCAUGGUGCGCGUGGGCACGCUGCCCAUGCGCCUGCUGGCCCUGGAGAUGGGCGCGGACAUCGUUUACACGGAGGAGCUGGUGGACCUCAAGCUGAUCAAGAGCAUUCGGCGGCCCAACCCUGCCCUUGGCACGGUGGACUUUGUGGACCCCUCGGACGGCACAAUCGUUUUCCGCACCUGCACCCAGGAAACCUCCCGCUUGGUCCUCCAGAUUGGCACCAGCGACGCCGAGCGAGCUCUGGCCGUGGGCCAGCUGGUGCAGCGAGACAUCUCGGGGCUGGACAUCAACAUGGGCUGCCCCAAGGAGUUCUCCAUCAAGGGCGGCAUGGGCGCCGCCCUGCUCUCCGAUCCCGACAAGGCGGCCCUUAUACUGCGCACCCUGUGCUCCGGCCUGGACAUUCCGGUCACCUGCAAGAUCCGCAUCCUGCCGGACGUGGAGGAGACCAUCGAUCUGGUCCAGAAGCUGGCCGCCACGGGCAUUGCAGCGAUUGCCGUUCAUGGCAGGACGCGGGAGGAGCGACCACAGCAUGCCGCCCACCCGGAUGUGCUGCGCGCCGUGGCCGAGGCCGUGGACAUACCGGUCAUCGCGAACGGCGGAUCGAAGAACAUGAACAGCUACGAGGAUCUGCGGAAGUUCCAGGUGGAGUGCGGCGCCGCCAGCGUGAUGGUGGCCCGGGCGGCCCAGAUCAAUGUGAGCAUCUUCCGGCCGGAGGGGCUGCUGCCCAUGGACGAGCUGAUCGAGAAGUACCUGCGCCUGUGCGUCGACUACGACAAUGCGCCGCACAACACCAAGUACUGUGUGCAGAGCAUCCUGCGCGAGCUGCAGGAGACGCCGCGCGGCAAGCGCUUCCUGCAGUGCCAGACGCUGCAGCAGAUCUGCGAGAUCUGGCAGCUGGGCGACUACUGCCGGCGGAAGCAGCGCGAGCUGAAGACGCUGGGCAACUCGGGGCGGGCGGAGGUGGAGCCGCCGGAGGCGCAGGCCAAGCGGCAGAAGCUGGAGGAGGCGGCGACUGCCAUUUCGGACGAGUACGCCGGCGUCAUUUGCCGCAACAUGCCCUUCCUGCGCUCCACCUAUCCAAGUGAUAACCAUCUGCCGAAGACACAGCUCUAUGUGCAUGCCGCCAGGGUUGGCAAAUCCCCGCCAGCCUACGAGACGCAGCAGUGCGACAAGCUGUUCCGCUCCAUUUGCACCUACGACGGGCAGCGCUACAGCAGCUCCUUCUGGGAGAAGAACAAGAAGCAGGCGGAGCAGGGCGCCGCCCUGGUGGCCCUCCUCCACCUCGGCCAGCUGGAGGCGGAGGUGCUGCGCGACAAUGGCAGCCUACUUAACUGAGGAGCGGCUGCUGCUCAGCCAUGUACAUGGUGCCGACUCGGCUAUGAACGAAAUACUUCAUUUUGUUUGAUUUCGCAUUGCCUUAAGUGUUGAUAGUGCUUGAAUGCCAGAGUUACUUGGACAACAGCCGUUGUAUAUUUUUAAAUAUUAAAAAAGGAAUAAAGUUAUGACUAUAUGAGCUACAAGAGCAA